GACCUGCACCGGUAAUUUAUGUGGAAAUCAGUGAUUCCGGGUUUAGUUGUGAAAGUAAAACACGCGGGUUAGAAGAGAUCCUGCUUUUAGCCGGGUUUAUUAUCUCACAAAAAAUAAAGAGAUCAGGAGUCAUGUUUGUGCCAGUGGGAGAGCGCGCUCCGGUGUUUAAUGGCUUUACAUUAAUCACGCCUGCGGUGUCAGUGGGGAACGUGGGACAGCUGGCUGUAGAUCUGAUCAUCUCCACACUGGACAUGGUGAGAGCUGGACACUUCCACACAGACUGUCUGAUCCCCAUGGCGGGGAAUAAUCCCUACAGCAGAGGAGACCAGGACGCGGCUCUGCUCAGCACUAACGCUGAAGUUUACUGCCGCACUGACCUGCAGCUGGCCGUGCUACAGAUCCGGACGCCCAUUUUACCGAUGAAGAUGAAGUCUUUCCGUAAGUUGCUGGUGUCCUGGAUUAAGGCGAGUGGGUUCUCCAGGACGGUGCUGCUGUCCAGCUGUCACGCUCACCAGCGAGAUGACCAGCAGCUCCUCAGCUCUCCUCUAAGAUACCUGCUCACCCCAGGUCUGAGGACAGAAGGGACAGAGGGGACAGAGGGGAUGCUGCAGAGGCUGGGAUGGAGGGAGAUGGAGAGAGUGAGCGCUUUCCCUGGAGUCACUGAUUCAGACACACAGCGUCUCUACAUCCCAGGAGGAGGCAUCACUAAAGCUCUCUACAACGACUGCUGCAGUGAGAACAUUUCCAUGGUGGUUCUGCUUCUCUUCUGCUCUGAGGGAGACAACGUCCCUGACGCCUUCACUCUCGUCAAUCACCUGAACGACUGGCUCCACCUGCUGGACAAACCGGUCCAGGGCUGUGUUCCGUGGAGAACCCCAUCCUCCUGGAGACUGCUGUUUGGAAGCGGUGUUCCUCCCCUGAUCUUCUGAACUCCACUGAGACACGAGUGUGAAACAUCACUGAAGUCUGGACCGUGUGUGUGUGACAGUCACAGAACACUCUACAUCUCUAGUCUGUACAUUGAGGGAAUAACAUCAGUGAAGUGUCUGAUUCUCAUUAAACAUGCCCACUUCUCUGA